UGAAUUGGAAGGCUGCAAGUAGUCUUAAUGUUAGGGGUUUAUAUGAAUUUUUUCAGGGUGGUAUGCAUAAUCCCAAUCCGUUACCUAAUGUCAAAGAUAUGAUUACAGGUCGGUCAUGGACAGCUUCAGAAUUACGCGUAAAAUCUUUUGAAGACCUACAUAAACUCUGGUAUAUUCUAUUGAAAGAGCGUAAUUUACUUGCUACAAUGUUUGAAGAAGCAAAACACUGGAAUAAAAUAGCUGAUAAAGAAUGGCUGAAAAGAUGGGAUGAUAGAAAAUUUAAGACACAAAAAUCAAUGGCGAGGAUCAGACAUGUGUUAAGUGAAAGAAGAGUUGCCUAUGAAUAUGCAAUAAGAGAAGAUCCUAAAUUAUUUGGGUUAGAAGAAGCACCCAAACCACAUAUAGGUUACAGAGAAGAGGCAAUCCCUAAUAAAAGAAGAACUAGGCUUGGACGUAAAGCUUUUACGAGGAUGAGGAGUAUUAAAUAA